GAAUUAUUUCUUUAUCUUUGAUUUUUCAAUUCAUUUUCUUUGUUUUUCCGGGUUGGUUUUUGAGUGCAUUUUCCUGUGCUUUACAGUUGGUAUUAGUUGGUUAAUUGAUGAAGAUCUGCAUGAAUUCCUUCUUCCUUUCUUCUUCUGUUGUUUUAUUUUCUUAGAUUUUUUGUUUUGGGUGACCGGAAAAAAAAAAUAAAAAAUUGGGGUGUAUGAAGAUCAAAUAAAAGUUUUUUGAUUUCCGUGUUUUUCUGCUGCUUUUUGAUUCCAAAGACUGGAACUUUUUGCUCAACUUGAUCAGAGUGUGGGAGGAAAAUUUCCAGAUUUCUGAGUUUUAAAUGUUUGGGUUAUGUCCUGCAUUUUUCUCCGUCACCAAUCAGGGCAUGGGUAAUUUUUAUUUCUUUUAUUUUAUUUUUUUGGUUAACCAAUAAUUUGCUGGUUUUCUUGUACACUUUCUCAAUGCCAAACACAGCAUUACUGUUGUUUCUACCUUUUUUGUUUUUGUUUUUGUUUUUUCUUUCUUUUUUGGUUGGGUUUGUUUGCUUUCUUUUCUUUGUAUAAUAAUUACGUAAUAUAUGCUUGAUUCUGUUUUUGACGAAAAUCACGCCUUUCGCCUGUUUACUGCUUUUUCGUUUUUGCUUUAUCUCUUCUCGAUUUUCUCUCUAGUGGGAAAACAGAAGUCCGUAGUGAUUUUCUUUUUCUUUUUUGGUUUUUUUUCUAAUUUAAAUUUCUUUUUUUUCCUCUUUUACUCCACCUCUUCAAAAAGUGUCUGCCUACCAAAAUCUAUGCUCUGUUUGGAUGCUGAGAAAGCGGAGGAAAAACCAAGAGAUAUACAAAGUUUGAAAUUCUGGUUUCAUUAUCGAAUCACGUAACCUCCGACGGAUUGUAUUUGACUAAGAUUAAAUGACCCCAGUUUUCUAAAUUGAGUUGUAAAGUGGCUUAUGCUUUGAUGUGUGGGAAUCUUUGAUGUUUGGAUAGUCUUUUACUCGGUUGACCAUUCUAGCUAUUUCAGACUUUCAUGUGAGAUCUAUUUUGCAAAAGAAGGAAUUUUGUCCUUUAUUUACAUUUGGAUGUCUUCAUUCUGGAGCUGAGCAAAUGGGGGCUUGUGUCUCAACCAGUAGUAAGAGUACUUGUAGCAGCAGGAGCAAUGGAGAGACGGUGUCCCCCUCAUGCUUGGGGAUUCGAGUUUGUGGGCAAAAGAGAACAAAGAGAACAUUUUCUGAUCACGUUACUACCCUCCAGCAUUUGCCCUCCAUACCCAACCGGAUUUUCAUGAAUGGAAAGAGUAGAACUUCUUGUAUAUUCACACAGCAGGGUCGCAAGGGGAUAAACCAAGAUGCUAUGGUUGUUUGGGAAGAUUUCAUGUCCGAGGAUAUGAUGUUUUGUGGUGUAUUUGAUGGCCAUGGUCCACAUGGCCACCUUGUUGCACGCAAAGUGAGAGAUGCCCUCCCAAUGAAGCUUCUAUCCUUCUUGCAUUCGUAUCAGUCACGGGGAAUUGGAUCUGGUAAAACCUGUUUCAAAGGGAAUAUGAAGAAAUCAGAUGGAGGAGAUUGUGAGAAGGAUUGCUCAGCCGAGGAUAAAUUAAAUUCUAUAUGGAGAGAAGCUUUCCUGAAGUCGUAUAAGGCCAUGGACAAGGAGCUGAGGUCCCAUCCUAAUUUGGACUGCUUCUGCAGUGGUAGCACCGCUGUUACCAUAGUCAAACAGGGGUCAAAUCUGUUCAUGGGAUAUAUUGGGGAUUCUCGAGCAAUCCUGGGAUCCAAAGACAAUAGUGAUUCCAUGGUAGCAAUCCAGCUAACCGUUGAUUUAAAGCCUGAUCUGCCAAGGGAAGCUGAAAGGAUUAAACGGUGUAAGGGUCGAGUCUUCGCUUUGCAAGAUGAGCCUGAAGUGCCUAGAGUGUGGCUGCCGUUUGAUGAUGCACCUGGAUUAGCAAUGGCUCGAGCCUUUGGUGAUUUCUGUUUGAAGGAGUAUGGAGUAAUCUCAAUACCUGAAUUCUCACAUCGGAUACUUACAGAGAAAGAUCAGUUCAUUGUUCUUGCCUCAGACGGGGUCUGGGAUGUCUUGAGCAAUGAAGAGGUGGUUGACAUAGUAUCCUCAGCCCCCACUCGGUCUUCAGCUGCAAGGAUUUUGGUGGACUCAGCGGCACGUGAAUGGAAACUGAAGUACCCAACAUCAAAGAUGGAUGAUUGUGCUGUGGUUUGUGUAUUUUUGGAUGGGAAAAUGGACUCUGAAUCUGAUUAUGAUGAACAAGGUUUCUCUUCAGCAACCCUUCAGAGCAAUCAUUCUGGUAAUGCAAUUGAAUCGGAUGAUGGGCAGAAAUCAGAACCAUCUCUGCAGAGGAAUUUUACUGUAAGAUCAUCAGAAGACAGCGAUAGUUAUGGGCGGCUACCAUUUGACGUUGAAGGGAAUGGAGAAGCAAUGGCAACGGAAGAUCAGAAUUGGUCAGGUUUGGAAGGCGUUACGCGAGUGAACUCUCUUGUUCAACUUCCAAGAUUUUCCGAGGAAAGGCCAAACACUUAAAUAAUCGUCAAUGUACAAAUGAAAUGCAUGCAGUUGGCUUUGUUGUAAUAUGCUUUCCUUUGAACCUCACCGAAUCCAACAGGAAGAAAAUCUUUCUGGGUGAUUGGCAUUAAGUCAAAGGUUUGCUCUGGUAACGUGAGCCCAAAAAAUCAAUUUGUUUUUUCUAUUGCAGACUUGGUGGGAACAGUUUCCCACUAUAUUUCUGUCUAUAAGUUUUUUUUUUUACUUUCUAUGUAGAUUCUGAAUCUGGUUGCAAGUUAGCGUCACGGUUUUCACAA